AUACGUUAAACGAACGCGAACAAAACGAAAAUUUGCGAGAAGUUGAUUGAACGUAGUAGUCUUAUCUGUGGUUGUUCUUUGAAAUCAAAAAAUUGACUACGCUUGCUUUGCAAGAUCCACUUUCGAAUAGUGUCAAAGACCUGACACUUCACCAGUAAGGAGCCAGGCAUAGCACAGCCAUGCAUCGCGCAAGGGUAGUUUUUAACAUCUCCAACAAAGUUGGCAACACAGAGAGAUUUGCAUCAUGGCUCCUCAACAAACCACAGAACGCCGCUGUGACAGUAAACGCCAACAGGCUGAAAAGUUCCACGGCGGCAGAGCCCUUCCUCAACGGGUCCAGCUCAGCGUACGUCGAGACCAUGUACAACUCGUGGCUGUCUGACCCCAACUCCGUACAUGCCUCAUGGGACGCGUUUUUCCGCAACGCGACCGCGGGCGCAGCCCCGGGCGCCGCCUACACUUCACCACCCAACUUGGCGCCUUACAACAAAAACGAGAUGCCCCUCAGUGCCUUAGUGCCCGCUUCCGGCGGCAUGCCUUCCAUAUCUGCUGGCUCCCCAAUCAACGAAAAGAUCAUCGACGACCAUCUGGCUGUCCAGGCCAUCAUCAGGAGUUACCAGGCGCGCGGGCACCUGGCAGCCGACGUGGACCCGCUCGGGAUCACCACGGCCAACCUGGCCACGCUGGGCACGCGUGCGCUUGGCUCCGAGCUCAUCAUGCGGAAAUAUUUCAACUUCGAUGAAGCUGACAUGGACAGGGUGUUCAAACUGCCCUCUACCACUUUUAUUGGAGAGAAGGAGAAGGCACUUCCCCUCAGGGAAAUCCUGUACCGUCUCGAGCAAGCGUACUGCAACAACAUCGGAAUCGAGUUCAUGUUCAUCAACUCCCUGGAGCAAUGCAACUGGAUCCGGCAACGCAUGGAACCCCCGGAUGUCACCAAAAUGAGCAACGACCAGAAGAGACUCAUCCUCGCGCGUCUCACUCGAUCCGCCGGAUUCGAGAACUUCCUAGCAAAGAAGUGGUCUUCAGAGAAGCGCUUCGGUCUCGAGGGCUGCGAGAUCCUCAUUCCUGCUAUGAAGCAGGUCAUCGACGUGUCCACGAAGCUUGGCGUGGAAUCCAUCAUCAUGGGCAUGCCGCACAGAGGUCGCCUCAAUGUAUUGGCAAACGUGUGCCGCAAACCUCUGCAUCAGCUGUUCACCCAGUUCGCUGGUCUCGAAGCCGAAGAUGAUGGCUCCGGUGACGUCAAAUACCACUUGGGAACCUACAUCGAGCGCCUGAACCGCGUCACGAACAAGAACAUCCGCCUCGCCGUCUGCGCCAACCCCUCCCAUCUCGAGGCCGUCGACCCUGUCGUGCAGGGCAAGACUCGCGCUGAGCAGUUCUACCGUGGCGAUAACGAGGGCAAGAAGGUGAUGUCCAUCCUACUCCACGGCGACGCAGCCUUCGCCGGACAGGGCGUGGUGUUCGAGACCAUGCACUUGUCGGACCUGCCCGCCUACACCACGCACGGCACCGUCCACAUAGUGGCCAACAACCAGAUCGGCUUCACCACCGACCCUCGCCACUCGCGCUCCUCCGCCUACUGCACAGACGUCGCCCGCGUAGUGAACGCCCCGAUCUUCCACGUGAACGGCGACAACCCGGAAGCCGUGAUGCACGUGUGCAACGUGGCCGCCGAAUGGCGCGCCACCUUCCACAAGGACGUUGUCAUCGACAUUGUCAGCUACCGCCGCAACGGCCACAACGAGGUCGACGAGCCCAUGUUCACACAACCCCUCAUGUACCAGAAGAUUAGGAAUACUAAGCCUGUGCUGGAUAAAUACGCCGCCCAGCUCAUCGCCGAGGGCGUCGUGACCGCCGAAGAGGUGAAGGACGUCCGCGACAAAUACGAGAAGAUCUGCGAGGACGCCUACAACCAAGCCAAGCAGGAGACCCACAUCAAGUACAAGGACUGGCUCGACUCGCCCUGGUCCGGCUUCUUUGAGGGCAAGGACCCUCUUAAAAUGUCCCCGACCGGCGUUGUAGAGGAAACCCUCGUUCACAUUGGCAAGCGAUUCUCCGCCCCUCCCCCGAAUGCGGCCGAGUUCGAGAUCCACAAGGGUCUGCUGCGUAUCCUCAAGUCCCGUAUGGAGAUGGUCGAGAACCGAACCGUCGACUGGGCUCUGGCUGAGGCCAUGGCGUUUGGUUCCCUCUUGAAGGAGGGUAUUCACGUCAGGCUGUCCGGAGAGGAUGUAGAGCGUGGUACCUUCUCGCAUAGACAUCACGUUCUCCACCACCAGAAGGUGGACAAGGCGACGUACUGCCCGCUGGCGCACCUGUACCCCGACCAGGCGCCCUACACCGUGUGCAACAGCUCGCUGUCUGAAUACGGUGUGCUCGGCUUCGAAGUGGGCUACUCCGUGACCAACCCCAACGCCCUGGUCCUAUGGGAGGCGCAGUUCGGCGACUUCAACAACGUGGCCCAGUGCAUCAUCGACCAGUUCAUCUCGUCUGGACAGGCCAAGUGGGUCCGCCAGUCCGGCAUCGUGCUGUUGCAACCACACGGCAUGGAGGGCAUGGGCCCCGAGCACUCGUCGGCGCGCCUGGAGCGCUUCCUGCAGAUGAGCUCCGACGACCCCGACUACAUGCCGCCCGAGAGCAACGACUACGAAGUGCGCCAACUCCACGACUGCAACUGGAUCGUAGCCAACUGCUCGAAUCCAGCCUCCCUGUUCCACAUCUUGCGGCGUCAGAUCGCGCUGCCGUUCCGCAAGCCCCUCAUCAUCAUGACGCCCAAGUCCCUGCUCCGCCACCCCGAGUGCAAGAGCUCCUUUGAUGACAUGAAGGAGGGCACCACCUUCAGGAGGGUGAUCCCAGAGGAAGGUCCCGCUUCAAAGAACGCUAGCGGCGUUAAGAAGCUGGCCUUCUGCACCGGUCGCGUGUAUUACGAUCUGAUCAAGGAGCGCCGCGAGAAGGGGCUCGAAAACGACAUUGCUAUCUGCAGGCUGGAGCAAAUCUCGCCGUUCCCAUACGACCUGAUCAAGGCGGAGGCCGCCAAGUACUGCAACGCGCAGCUGGUCUGGUCCCAGGAAGAACACAAGAACAUGGGCUCCUGGAGCUACAUCGAGCCCCGCUUCCGCACCCUGUUGCAGAACCAGCGUACGAUCAGUUACAACGGCCGCCCGACCGCCGCGUCACCCGCCACGGGCUCCAAGGCGGCCCACAACAAGGAACUCAAGAGCCUCCUCAACGAGUUCUGCGAGAUAUAAAUACCAAUCUCAUACCAUGUUGUCAACUUUGUUGAAUCUAUUCGACUGUAGGUGUGCCACUUUCAAACAAAAAUGUGCUUUAGCCCUUCGGCCUAUGAAAAUUUGCUACAAAAUGACCUUGAAGUUGUAAAUUACAAUAUACGUGACAAGGCAUACGAACGAGCAGAAAUUACUUUGCUCACCGCGAGAAACAAACAAAAAUUUGGUUCGACGAAAUCCGCGUAUUACUACGGUACGCGUAUUCGGGUGCUGUGUGUUUGAAAGUGGAACAUCUACUAUAGUUCGUUUUUUUAGCAUUAGAAAGAACUUGAAAGAAGGUAAGCGAUCUUGACAUGUCUUUUAAUUGAAUAACGCUGUUUAAAAAUCAGUAACUAUUACUUAUGAAAGCAGAAGAAUAUAAAUGAUCGUAUUAGAUUCAUAAUUGUUACAUAUUUGCUGUGACUUAUUUUUAAAACGUAUUUUUAAAUUAAAAUACACAUCAAGAUUGUUUACCUUAUUUCUAAUGAUAAAAAAAACGAACUAUAGGCCAAAACAUCGGCCAAACGCGACCGCGAAUUUUCAUUUCACCGAAUAUUAUGUUCAAAAUUGUAUUAAUUCAUAUGCUUUAUUUCAAAAACGAAAUUAACGACCGGGUUUGUUUUUCUGUUAUUCUGUUACUCGUCAGUAUUUUGGUGUAAUUCUCUCCACGAUUAGGUAGUAUAGUUAGAUAAAUUCUAAUUUAUUUAUUUAAUGUAGAUUAACGAGACAUGUAGGUUUUACUAUUUAUUUUUAUAAUUAAAGCAAUAAUGCUUAUCGUCUCCACUGUGUUAAUUUAAAUUUAAAUUUACAUUAUUCAAUGUAGCCAUUUGACAGUUUGUACAUAAAUCUAUUCAAAUUUUAUUUUUUGUAUGAUUUUACAAAUAUCAGUUCUAAUCUAACGGGUUAACCAUAAUACGUUCCUUAUGCUAGUCCGAAACGUCAUCUGUUUAUGUAAUAUUAGGACGCACUUACGAUAUUAUAUACAAGAUAUUACCUAUAUAUUAGCUAGUAUUACUAAUUAAUAAAACCCCGCACUAUUACCCAAAAAUGCACAGUAGGAUAAUAGUGGAUAAAUUAGACUCACCGACAUGGUUUCGCAUUCUACUCCAAUCAACGAGUAUGGUGAUUCUUAUACAUAGUUAAGUAAAACGGCGACUUACUUUGACGCACGAUUACGCUACCCAUAUCAUUUUAAUGCCCUUUGCACUAAAAGCACAUUCGUUACUUAGUUUUUUAAUAAUGUUCAUGUUUGACAUUGAUCGUCCGUUUUACGGUCACUAACUGUAAUGGUACAUUGUAAAAUGAAAAUGCUGUUUAGAACGAAGAUACCAUCCAACGACGCGCGUUCAAAGUUUUAAAUGUUCGUGGCUCGUACGUAUCGUGUGUCACAGUGGGCUGCCGCUUUUAAAUACGGACGAAUUGUAACAUGUUUAUCCCUCGUUGAUUGGUCUAUCGCGCUGUACAUACGCUAGUAGUUACCACUGUCGGCUUGUAAGGUGUAACACCAAUCCUAUCUUGUACAAAACCUACUAUAUCUCGUAUUUCGAGUGUAAUGUAUGUAAUACCUAAUCUCUACGUAGAAUUAACGUAUUUCACUGAUAGAGGAAUGUUCUCGCCUCAAGCAAAGAGUUAUCCAUUGUAAUAUCCUUCUAAGGCCCAGCCGUACAAGAAAAAAAACCAAAUGCCAGUGAGAUUUGAACCUAUGGCGCAGGAAAUAGAGUUGAUUUUUCUUUGUCUGAAAACAUUACUAAACAAAAGAAGUGCAACUAUGUUCCAUUUGAAAAUACGUGGGACAUAGAGCUUUAGAAGGAUAGAGAAUAGUAUAAGAAAAAAACAUGCGACCUAGUUUGACAGCCGAAACAGAUGGCGCUGUACUAAGCCACAUGUUUUUUAGUCACUGAAUUGUCAAAUGUCAACUUUUGCAAACCAGAUCGCAUUAUGUACGUAACCGGUCAGCCAUCUCGUUUAGCUGUUAAAUUCGAAGCAUGAAAUUAUUUUACACUCCACACAUUCAGUGCCAACGCGCUACGAGCGUAGCCGAUAACACUGAAAACCCGUAUGUAGCGAAAAACGCCUACGAACAGAGAACCCGCCUAGCGGGUCCUACACAAUGAAUGAAUCUUUGCCUCAAGUAUAAUGGCCGCGUCAGUGGAAUUGUAGUCAUAUUUUGAUUGGCUUUAUAUUUAGCGUUUUAGAUGCACCGUUAUUGUUUAAUAAUUUUGAUGUUCUGUAUUUGAAAUGCUCAGAGAAUGGAGAGUGGCAGGUAUUUUGUGAAGGUGUGGAUGCAAGGUCUGUGGAAGGGAAACUGGGCUUUAUUGCUAUGUUAGUUCGAACAAGUUAAUUUACAAAUAAAUAUAUAUUAAAU